AAAGGAAUGCUUAUCCCUGGAUGUCAUUGUGCCUGAGAAUAGCACAUUACAUGACCCUCAGUGCUUUGAUCAUUAACCCCUUGGAAUCCUGUUGCCUGGCUCCUGGUCUCUGCGCUGCCAUGAAAACGGACAAGCAAGCGUUCUGCUUCUAUGACAACGGUCCCGGAAGCGCGUGGUCACCAUAACAACUGGCCUGGGAUUGAGCUACAUGUCUUCAGUCUUCUUAGCUUAAAAGUUUCCUGUCCGUGAUUUUUGUUUCAGCUUUUGAAGUUUCUCCUCACGCAGUCGCAAACUAAGACAUCUGGUGUUUUCAUUUUAUUAUUUAAGGACAUGCUUGGUUUUUGCGCUUUUUUUCCACUCAACUUUUAAUAACUGUCGGACGAAAAGUGUACCAGAGUAAAGCUAACUAACCACCGAGCCCAAACGUUCAGUAGACUAGCAAACCUUUUAUAGCUGAAGCUGGGCCGCGAUGACUUCUCUACAGGAGGAAGAUGCACACUCACCCAGACUGGAGGCAGUGAUUCAGAAACUGGAGGAGUCCCUCCUUCAGUCUGAUGGCAGCUCAGGAGAGAGAAGUCUGACACUUCAAGAGGAGGGACAAGAAUCCAGGGCCACACCUGUACCUGUCUCCUCUCGCAUCCGUCAGAUCAUCACCCACAAUCUAGCCGAGGAUCCAGCAGGCGAGAGUUCAGAGUUCAGUGCACUGGAGGAGAGGAGGGAUCUAAGGGGGCGACUGUCUCCCAGCCAGAUGGACCAGGACCAGCUGGUAGUCAAACAGUCCGGUCUCACAGAGAGGCUUGAUCAGAUACUGAUGUUGCAGCCAGCGGUGGACUCAGACCAGCACAGUGUAUCAACAGAAGCCAUGCAACCACAGAACAAGGAGAGAGCCUAUAGGCAAAAACUGUUGGCCUAUCAGGAAGCCCAACAGAGACAGGUCCAACUUGUUCAGAAGCUGCAGACCAAGGUGAUUCAGUAUAAGAAGAGAUGUGGGGAACUUGAAGAGCAAGUUCUGGAGAAGACUUCGGAAACUGAAAAGAUGAGAUUGUUGCUGCAGGGCCACCUAGACAAAGUCGAGUACCUGCAGCGGGUUGAGCAGGAUCUCAACGUAGCUAUCCAGAAUAAGUCAGCUCAGCUGGAAGAGGAACAGAAAAGGAGUGCCAGCCUCAGCCAAGUGAAUUCCAUGCUGCGGGAACAGCUGGACCAGGUGGGCACUGUCAACAAGGGGCUAACCGAGAGCUUAUGGAAGGCCCGUGAAGAUGCCGAGUCGUGUGAUACUCGUUUGCGGAGAGAGCAAGAGACGUGCGCCUCCCGGUUGAGUUGGGAACAGGCUCAUGUCAGAGCGCUGUGGCGCCAGGCCGCCUCCCUGCGGAGCAGUUUCACCCAGCUAAGGACGUUCACUGACAGAACUCUGUCUGAUAUGCGUACCGAGUGUGUCGCAGCUAGCCGGCAGCUGCACGCUGCCUGUAUGAAUUUAGAGGCCAGAGUAACACAAGGAAGCCCCUGUGGUGGUGUGGAGAUGUCCGCUCUGGAGAGGCAGCUGAAGGACAAGCUGAAAGAGGCUAUGCAGCUUCAGGCUCAGUGCGAUGCAGAGAAAGUCAAACUCAAUUCCAGAAUCCUGGAACUGACCGACACAAUGAAGCACCUCCAAAGCCAGAACAGUGAGAAAGAUAUCAGCCUCAACACCAUGCAGAUCAGUCUGGACAGGAUGGUAGGACCUUGGGAAUAUAUGGAGACAAGGCGAACCGAGGAUAAAGCAGAGAUGGAAAUACUCCACACAGAGAUCCAAGCCCUCCAAAAGAUUUUACACCAUGUUCACCAGUUAGUGAGCAGUGAGGGGGACGGCUGUGGCCCUGAGAGUGUGUCAUCCUCGCCUCUUCAUGGCCGUUCUCCUCUUAGGAACGCUACUGUGAUAUCAGUACAGAAUGCUCUCUCCAAACACCAGAAACAAACACAGGAGCUACGUGCACGUUUGGGGGCUGCUCUGGAGCAAGUGGAUACACUGCGCGAACACCAGCAAGAGAGGGACGCUGAGAGGAGAGAGUUGGAGCAGAAGAUUCAGGAUGUGAGGCGGGAAAGUCAGGAGGAUAAAAAAGCUCUGGAAGAAAGCCUCAGGGACAGCAACAGAUAUCGCCGCUCAUUGGAGCUCAUCUCCAGGUACAUCCUCACCAAUGAAAAAAGCAGCCUGGAGAAGCUGCUGUCAGGGCUUCAGCAGGAAGUGGACUCCCAGCGUGCUGAGAUGGAGGUACUACGGAGCUCCUCGCUAGAACUUCAGAGACAGAGGGAUCUCCUGAGGCAGCAAAGGGAGGAUCUAGAGAUGCAGCUGGCACGCCAGAACACGGAGGCCCAAAGAGGUGAGAGGAGUUUGCAGGAGCUCGAAGGGAAGCACUCGGAUCUGCGCAGGGAGCUUGUGAUGGUGAAGGAGGCUCUGAGCCAAAUCACCCUGCAGAAGGAGGUGUUGGAGGAUGACAAGGCCAGCCUCACUCUGGCUCUCUCCAAGAUUGAGUCUCAGAGUGCUGCGCAGGAACUGGCCUUCAACAAACUCCAGAAUCAGGAGGCGGCGCUGAAAGAUUCUCUCGACAAAAUGGCCGCCCUUAGUGAAGGCUUAGCAAAAGACAAGGUGGAGCUCAGUCGUAUUCUGCUGCAGACAGAAGGAGAGAAGAGGGAGCUCUGUGAACGUAGACGGGAAGCCGAGGCGGAGCGGGCAGCAGCCAGAGAGGAUGCAGCGCGGGCACAAAAGGAGAUGAUGGAUCUGCUCGCCGAGAAGCAAGCCCUGGAGAGCUCCCACAGCCACUUGCAGGAUCUCUGCCUGAAGCUAGAAGCAGAGCUGAGUCUCCUGCAGAAGGAGAAAGCUCAGGCCCUGGAGAAGCGCUCGCAGAUCAAAAGGCAGUUGCAAUCUGUGACAGAGGAGCUGUGUGCGUGCAAGAAGGAGCUUGAGACACAGACCGCAGCCAUAAAGAGAGCUACCCAUGACAGGGAGGAGUUGGCCAAGGACAAGGCAGCUCUGGAUGUCAAGCUAAAUUCCGCUGACCGAAAGGCCUGUGGUUUCACGCAGGAGCUGGUUGCAUUGAGAGCAGAGAAGGAGUCCCUGGAGACGGCCCUGUUCGAGAGCCAGGAGCUUGCCUCGUCUCUGGAGGCCGAGCGCUCCAGGUUGGAGGGGGAGAGGCGCGGCUUGCUUUCAGCUAACGAGGCCUUGACGCGUGAAGCUGCUCAGAUGCGAGCAGAUGCUGAACGGCAAUGUGCACAAGCAAAAGAAGAAAGAAGUAAGUUGGAGGAAAAGCUGGCUCAAGUUGAGAGGAGUACCCUGCUGACUUUGACCAGCAAACAGCAAAUUCACAGAGAGCAGCUCGAAGCAGAACGUCAGCAGAAGGAGCAGCAGCGUGCAGAGCUGAUGCUUCAGCGGGAGCAGGCCGAGGAGCAGCUGCGCAGACAGUGUGAGGAGCUGCGUGCGCACAGCCAGAAGGAGCUGCAGCAGGUGCGAGAAGAGCUGGCCAGGCUGAAGCAGGAGUUCGGCCAAAGUCUCCUGCAGGCUGAGAAUGAAAAGCAGCAGGCUUUGUCUCAGAUGGAGGCAGAGAAGGCUGUCCUCACAGAGAAGCUAGCAUCCCUGCGAGAGGACCUGGCCACAGCGGAAAUGGAUAUGGACCGCCUGCAGAGGGAAUCACUUCGCAAACAGGAGCAGGACAAGAACCAAAUGGCUGUCCUGCAGUCUGAGCUGCGAGAACUGCAGCUGCAUUUUGAAGAGUCUUUGAACUCGCAUGAGAGUGACAAAAAGAGUCUCACUGAGCAGGUCAGAGAGUUGAACCAGCAGAGAGAGCAUGCGCAACAGGAGUUGGAGGGCCUCCGUCAACAGCUGCACGAGGGAGAGGAUGGACGUUUUAAAGGGCAAAGGGAGUUGAUUGAGGCUCACAGAGAGAUUCAGGGCUGUGCACAGGAGCGAGACAAGUUACGCAAAGAUGUUGUGGACCUGAGAAGGCUCUUGGGUAAUGAGACCCGAGAGAAAGAAGCCAUCCAAGCCUCAAACCAGGAGCUGAGAGCUCUCGUCAAGCGAGCCGAAAGUGAUAACAGCAGUUUGAGACGAGCUGUGGAGGAGAAUGAGCAGAAAGUGGCCGUCUUAGAGGAGCAGAGGAGCUCAAUGCAACAAGAGGCAACAGCUCUUCGGAGCGGCAUGAGAGAGCUGGAGAAGUCUCGUCUGCAAGUGCGCAGAGAGCUGCAGGAACUGCGCAGACAGGUAAAGGUCCUCGAAGGAGAGAACAUCCGGCAGAAACAGGAACUGCGAGAGCUGCAGGCCAGGGUAUGUGAGGAGGAGCAGAAGGAGGAGGAGGCACGUCGUGAGGCUUUCACCCUCAAGCAGAGAGUGCUGGAGUGUGAAGCUGGCAGGGAAGCGGUGCUAAACGAGGUCGCAGGUUUACAGCGUCGUGUGAUGGAGCUGGAGUCCACGGAGCAUCAGAACCGAGAGCUACUGCAGGAAAAAGAAACUUUUCAGUGGCAGAGUGACCAGAGGCACAGGGAAACCACCGCCCAGCUGGAGGCAGCACUGGAAGAUGCCAGGGCGCAAAUCAAAGAACUCUCCAUGCAGGUUGGUGUUGCUAAAAACAAGGCCCAGAGCGUGGAGGAGCAGCUGGAAGUGAGCGAUGCCAAAUGCAGGGACCUGGAGCUCAAGCUGGCGGGGCUGUAUGCAGCUCUGCGCCGCACUGUUGGCAUCAACCACGUGAGGCUUUCAGACAAACCAGGGUCACGAAGACGGUUUCCUUCCCCUUGGAGAAGCCACUUCUAUUCAAAAGGAGAGAGUGUGGCCAAUGGAUCUCUGCUCUCCGUGUCCUAUGGUGAAGACAAAGAGCUAGACUUGGAAUCAGUCAAUACAGCCCUGCGGGAAUUCCAGCAAGAACUCACAGAUGCUCAAAGAGACAGGGAUGAAGCCAAGGCUCAGGUAGUCAGUCUAACUCAGCAUGUGACUGAACUCAAAGACAGUCAGGAUAAAUCAUCCUCCCAACUACUACAACUACAAAAGUCUCUGAAGCAAUUAGAGGAGGGAAAACGAGACGUGGAAGAACGAUUGAACCAGGCACACACUUCGCUUUCCCUGCAGGAAGAAGCAGCACAUUGCACAGAGAGAGAGAAGAGAAGCCUUGAAGAGGAGCUCAGGGCUAGUCUGCAAGCCGCUCAGGCUGAAUCCAGAGCACUUCAGGACAAGUUGGAGGUUGUUCAACAGUUAGAAACUUGUUCAAAUUCAGAACAGCAGAAACUGAAGGAGUCUCUGGAGGCAACAGAAGGCAGGGUGAGAAGUCUGGAGCUUUCUCAACGUGCUCUCGAAGGCGAGCUGCAGAGGGCUCAGCUGAGAGUGGCAGAGCUGGAUGCUGAGGCAGGUGCAUUACAGGAGAGGCUGACGGACAUGAGGAGAAAACUGGGUGAGAGUGAAGACCGGUGCGCUGCGCUGAGGUUUAGUGAGGAGAGACUGGCCACGUCAUUGGCUCAAGCUGAACAGCAUGAGAGUCAGCUGAGAGAGCAGAUUCACAAACUGUCAAACACCCUCAAUGACAGCAGGAGCAACACGGGAGCCCUGCAGGAGCAGAUAACGCAGCUGCAGAGGGCUCUGACUGCCAGCGAGCAGGACCGAAGGCUGCUGCAGGAACGUCUGGAUAAAACACGAGACGCCCUUUCAGAAAGUAAGAGGCUGAACCACAUGCUCGCAGAGCAGAACCAGAACCUUCAAAGAGUCCAAGAAAACUCAAACUUUAAUAUUUCUGAGCUAGAGAAACAUAACAGAACACUAAAGGAGAGCCUAAAGCAACAGCAGGAGGCUGAGCUUCAAACCUCCCAGCAGCUGCACAGAGAGAAGAAAGAACUCCAAGAAAAGGUCGCCAAUCUCCAGAGCUUCUUGCAAAAGCGAGAGAGCGAGAGAGCUGAGAUCGAGAAGGUGGUGACACGCUUUGGUAAAGACAAAUCUGCACUUAGAAAGGCGCUGGAGAAGGUGGAGAUGGAGAGGUUGAGGAAGGAGGAGGAGGCAGCGUCUGUCGCCAGAGCACGAGAGGAGCUGGAGCAGAGGGUGUGGAGCCUGGAGCAGCAGCUGGCUGGAAAACAGAACGAGAUGCAGACUCUGCAGGCCCACAUCUCCCAGUCAGAGCAUGCUCACGCACACCGCCUCCUGGAGGUGACAGCACGCCACCACCAGGAGUUGGAUAUGGAGACGGAGCGUCUGAGAGACAAUCAGCUUCAGGCAGAGCAGGCUUUGGAGAGCAGGGAGAAGGCACAUCGACAGAGGGUCAGAGGCCUCGAAGAACAGUUGCUGGCGCUCAAAGAGCAGCUCGAUCAGGAGACGAGAAGACGACAGGCCUAUUUCAAUCAGAUGCUUCAGCCCGGCAUGUAGUGAGAGUGAGAGCGUGCUCCUCCGCCUCUGUUGGCUGCUUCCCAACAGCGUUACGUUUCAACCUACAUCUCCAUACAGAGAAACCCACUCCUGCAUUCGCUCCCACCUCGCACAUGUGCACCCAGGAUUACAUUAAUCCAAAGGAAAACUCAACAACAACAAACAAAGAGCGUUUUGUUUAUAAGUGAACUGGAUGUGCCAAAUUGUUUUAAGGAUUUCCUCUGACUCACCGCAGUUGGCGUUUCUAAGUCUGCUCAUGCUGUGUCAGUUUUCUUGGUUCAUACUUUCUUCUUUUUCCUAGAUUUUUUUUUUAUUUUUGCAAACUCAUUUGUCAUAUUGAUCAUGUGAAUCCCAGUAAGAAUAUAUAUGAGUGCAGAUCCAAAUAUUUAGAAUAGUCAUUGGCAGAUUUUAAAUGAUUUUUUCUUAGGAUGUCAAAAAGACUAAAUAAAUGAAUGUUAUCAUGUGUGGUGUUUGACUUAAUCAGUACUAAUGGUGCAGAAGUUUUGAUUAUUUUCAAUAAACUAAA